AGUUCUAUUUAAAUGACUCAUUUAGUUAUUUUGAUUGGACUAAAACAUACGUUUCUGCCAAUUAGUUUGAGAAACUAACAAUGGACCUCUGGGAGAAACUAUCAAUGGACCUACGGAAGUUAAUCGCCGCUCAAACCGACUUCUCCUUGCGGCUCACGAAGCAACUCAUCUCCACCCACGUCAAGGACAACAACUUUGUAUUCUCGCCCCUCUCAAUUCACGUCGUGCUGGCCAUGGUCGCGGUCGGGUCGGGUCGCCCUGCCCGUGAACAGCUCCUGCGCUACCUCAUGUUCGAUUCGAUCGAGGAACUCAAUUCCCUAUCGUCGCAGAUCUCCACCAGGCUGCUAGCCGACGGCGGGUCGCUCGGCGGCCCUCUCCUGUCCAUCGCCAACGGGGUUUGGGUCGAACGCAGCCUUGCCCUGAAGCCGGCUUUCAACCAAACCAUCGAGAAUGCUUAUGGGAGCGCAGUAGGUCAUGUGGAUUUUCGUAAUCAGUCUGAUGUGGUAAGAGAAGCAGUGAAUGCUUGGGCCGAGGAGAAAACAAAUGGUGUGAUAAAAAAUCUGCUCCCACCCAACUCAGUCACUAGUGCGACUAAGCUCAUCCUUGCAAAUGCACUCUACUUCAAAGGAGCCUGGGCUUCAAAAUUCAACCCGUCUCUAACCAAAGUCCACGACUUCUUCCUCUUGAACGGAAGUUCGGUUCGUGUCCCCUUCAUGACCAGCUCCAAGGACCAAUUCGCUCUCCCUUUUGACGAUUUUAAGGUUCUAAAGCUACCUUACGAAAAGGGCCAGGACACGCGGAAUUUCUCCAUGUACUUCUUUCUUCCCAAUGCCAGGGAUGGCUUGCGGGCGCUCGUCGAGAAAUUCGGCUCGAUUUCUGGGUUCAUAGAGCACCACAUGCCACAUGAAAGAGUGGAAAUGGGGGAUUUUCGUCUCCCCAAGUUUAAAAUAAGCUUCGAUUUUGAGGCUUCCAAGUUUUUUAAAAAGCAAGGAUUGGUUCUCCCUUUUCGCGGUGGUUUGACCGAGAUGGUUUACUCUUCCCCGAAUAAUCCUUCACUCGAAAUCUCGCUCUUUUUUCAUAAGGCAUACGUAGAGGUGGACGAACAGGGCACGGAGGCUGCAGCAGCUUCGGCUUGUGUCAACGUGGUUGGAUGUUCGAUGUACAGCAAGCCCGUGGACGUGUUUGACUUUGUAGCUGACCAUCCUUUCCUCUUUGUAAUAAGGGAGGAGACCAGUGGUGUUGUGCUCUUUGUUGGCCAAGUUGUGAAUCCUCUGCUGCCUUUUGAGAAACUAACAAUGGACCUCCGGCAGUCAAUCGCCGCUCAAACCGACUUCUCCUCGCGGCUCACGAAGCAACUCAUCUCCACCCACGUCAAGGACAACAACUUCGUAUUCUCGCCCCUCUCAAUUCACGUCGUGCUGGCCAUGGUCGCGGUCGGGUCGGGUCGCCCUGCCCGUGAACAGCUCCUGCGCUACCUCAUAUUCGAUUCGAUCGAGGAGCUCAAUUCCAUAUCGUCCCAGAUCUCCACCUGGCUGCUAGCCGGAGGCGGGCCGCUCGGCGGCCCUUUCCUGUCCAUCGCCAACGGGAUUUGGGUCGAACGCAGCCUUGCCCUGAAGCCGGCUUUCAAAGAAACCAUCGAGAAUGCUUAUGGGAGCGCAGUAGGUCAUGUGGAUUUUCGUAAUCAGUUUAAUGCGGCAAGAGAAGCAGUGAAUGCUUGGGCCGAGGAGAAAACAAAUGGUGUGAUAAAAAAUCUGCUCCCACCCGGCUCAGUCACUAGUAUGACUAUGCUCAUCCUUGCAAAUGCACUCUACUUCAAAGGAGUCUGGGCUUCAAAAUUCAACCCGUCUCUAACCCAAGUCCGCAACUUUUUCCUCUUGAACGGAAGUUCAGUCCGUGUCCCCUUCAUGAGCAGCUCGAAGGACCAAUUUGCGGUCGCCUUUGACGAUUUUAAGGUUUUGAAGCUACUGUAUCAAGAGGGUCCGGACACGCGGGAUUUCUCCAUGUACUUCUUUCUUCCCAAUGCCAGGGAUGGCUUGCGGGCGCUCGUUGAGAAAUUCGGCUCGAUUUCUGGGUUCAUAGAGCACCACACGCCACGUCAAAGAGUGCAAAUGGGGGAUUUUCGUCUCCCCAAGUUUAAAAUAAGCUUUGCUUUUGAGGCUUCGGAGUUUUUUAAAAAGCAAGGAUUGGUUCUCCCUUUUCUCGGUGGUUUGACCGAGAUGGUUUACCCUUCCCCGGAUAAUCCUUCACUCGAAAUCUCGUUCUUUUUUCAUAAGGCAUACGUAGAGGUGGACGAAAAGGGCACGGAGGCUGCAGCAGUUUCGGCAGGCGGGGGACGUGGUAGCUCUUCGAGGUACAGGCAUAGGCGUGUGGACGUGUUUGACUUUGUAGCUGACCAUCCUUUCCUCUUUGUAAUAAGGGAGGAGACCAGUGGUGGUGUGUUCUUUGUUGGGCAAGUUGUGAAUCCUCUGCUGUCUACAUCGCCAUAUUCUUUUCCUCUUUAUCAUUUUCUUCUACCCUUAUUUCUUUUUCCAUCCCAAGAGCUCGACGGUUGGAAUAUCACCGUGAACAAGGCUCAGUCACAAGGUGGCAACGGUGGUGGGAUUCGAGGUGGGUUGCGUCGUGAUGGCGGAGGCUGUGGGUAUGGUGAGGGAAACGGCGGUGGCCAGGGAGGCCGAAGUGAAGGCAGUGGCGGGAAUGGUGGAGGUGCUACGACGGCGGCCGUUAUGACAGCGACCGUUACGACACCAAAAAGAAAGAGGGUCGAGCUUCUAAACAGAUCGCUUUCUUCCAUAGAACAAUAUCGUGGCAACGUAGGCCUCACGCCAAAGGAUUACUUUCAGAGACUAACAAUGGACUUCCGGCAGUCAAUCGCCGUCCAAACCGACUUCUCCUCGUGGCUCACGAAGCAACUCAUCUCCACCCACGUCAAGGACAACAACUUCGUGUUCUCGCCCCUCUCAGUUCACGUCGUGCUGGCCAUGGUCGCGGUCGGGUCGGGCCUCCCUGCCCUCGAACAGCUCCUGCGCUUCCUCAUGUUCGAUUCGAUCCAGGAGCUCAAUUCCCUAUCGUCGCAGAUCUCCACCUGCCUCCUAGCCGACGGCGGGCCACUCGGCGGCCCUCUCCUUUCCUUCGCCAACGGGGUUUGGGUCGAACGCAGCCUUGUCCUGAAGCCCGAUUUCAAUGAAGUCGUCGAGAAUGCUUAUCGGAGCGCAGUAGGUCAUGCCGAUUUUCGGAAUCAGUCUAACGUGGUAAGAGAAGCAGUGAAUGCUUGGGCCGAGGAGAAAACAAAUGGUCUGAUAAAGAAUCUGCUCCCACCCAACUCAGUCACUAGGAUGACUAAGCUCGUCAUUGCAAAUGCACUCUACUUCAAAGGAGCCUGGGAUUCAAAAUUCGACCCGUCUCGAACCAAAGUCCACGACUUCUUCCUCUUGAAUGGGAGUUCGGUCCGUGUGCCCUUCAUGACCAGCUCCAAGGACCAAUUUGCGCUCGCCUUUGAUGAUUUUAAGGUUCUAAAGCUACCGUACAAAAAGGGUCAGGACACGCGGGCAUUCUCCAUGUACUUCUUUCUUCCCGAUGCCAGGGAUGGCUUGCAGGCGCUCGUCGAGAAAUUCGGCUCGAUUUCUGGGUUCAUAGAGCACCACACGCCACGUAAAAGAGUGAAAAUGGGGGAUUUUCGCCUCCCCAAGUUUAAAAUAAGCUUCGACUUUGAGGCUUCGGAGUUUUUUAAAAGUCAAGGAUUGGUUCUCCCUUUUCACGGUGGUUUGACCGAGAUGGUUUACUCUGACCCGGAUAAUCCACUCGAAAUCUCGCUCUUUAUUCAUAAGGCAUACGUAGAGGUGGACGAAAAGGGCACGGAGGCUGCGGCAGUUUCUUAUGUCGGCAUGGUUGGAAGUUCGAUGUACAGCAGGCCCGUGGACGUGUUUGACUUUGUAGCUGACCAUCCUUUCCUCUUUGUAAUAAGGGAGGAGACCAGUGGUGUUGUGCUCUUUGUUGGCCAAGUUGUGAAUCCUUUGCUGCCUUUUGUGUGCAUUUGUGCAGGAAUAAUUUCAAAUCGAAUAAAACUUACAUCUCCACCAAUUAGUUUGAGAAACUAA